GGAUUAGGUAACUAGUUUGCUUUACAUUUUCUCCCGCUUGAAUUCUCGUAGAUUUACCAGCGACUGGUAAGAAAACAGAUCAAAUUUUUCGAACUCCGAAACCACCAUCCCUGGCUGUGCCAAGAUGUGAUCUAGCCUACUUUCCUAGCCUCCUUAUAGUCUCUGUGUUACAUUUAUAUUCUGCGGAAUAAGAUGUUGCAAUUUUUAGUUAUGCUCAUCUACGAGUGUAGAAGUAAGAACAGAGAUUAUCAUAGCAAAAGUGAAUUAUUCAGAAUGUUUAUAUAUAAGCUGGUCUAUCAUUCGCGCUGCAAACGGGUUAUGAAAUAAGCCUUCAAAAAACAACAACGAGAAUCCGUUUUGCAGUAGUCCCUACAAAAUAGCCUCACAUAAUUUAUCAGCUGAGAAUUCGACUUUUAGACUUCACGAAACUUUCUGGUAGCAUUUGCAACAUUCUAGUUUUUUAGGUUCUUCAAUUAACAAGUCCAAUGAAAGAGAAUGUGCUUGUCAAUUUUUUAAUUUAUCAAUGAUGGAAAUUAGAAUAAAGAGGAAAAGAAAGAUUAAUCCUUUUUAAUAUAGGAAUGCUUUAAAUUUGUCAUUUAAAAAAACCCAUUACAAUGUUAGAACAGAAUGAAAAAUCUUUGAAGGAUCAGGCUCAAGGAGAAUCACAGAAAGCCAUGCUUUUUGUACCAUAUAGAUACAACAGGCCACAGAUGCUGCCACCUCUCAUUUGCUCAAGGCGCCUUUAUGUUCACCUAAUAUUGCUUUUAGUCAUCGUUUUCAUGUUGGUCAUCAUCCGGCUGAUGUCCACUGUCAAGGUGAACUUUGUCCACUUUCAUCUUGAGAGUGACUCAGAUGCUGAGCUUGUAACACUGCCAUCGCAAUUUGCUCACUCAAGAGGUGCUCUCUGCCUUGAUGGAUCACCUCCUGCAUAUUACUUUAGACCAAGCCUGUUAUCUGUCAAGUUCUGGAUCAUUUAUCUUCCUGGAGGCGCCUGGUGUAACUCAGAAUAUGAUUGUUUCCAAAGGAGUCUAACAGAACUAGGAUCAUCACAUGUUGCAAAGAUAUCAAUACCUAUGGUUGGCAUUCUCUCUAAUGAUUGUGAAAUAAACCCAGAUUUCUGCCUUUGGAAUGUUCUGGUCUUGCAUUAUUGUGAUGGCUCUUCUUUCCUAGGCAAUGACUCCACUGUCCGCAGUUAUGAAUCACAGUCUUUGUACUUGAGAGGAGCAGUGGUGUUUGAAGCUCUGAUUGAUUAUCUGAAAGAAUCAACAGAUUUGGCUGAAGCAGAGCAAGUUGUCCUAGCUGGCUCAUCUGCUGGUGGUAUAGCUGCUCUCAUCCAUGCUGACCGUCUCCGCACCAUGCUGCCCCAUUCAGUCAAAACAGUACAUGCUUUAGUCGAUGCUGCUAUGUUCCUGGACUUGCCAGAUGUUCGGGGAAACUUUGAGUUAGCCAAUCUGUUUAAGUCUGUUUACAGCUUUCAUUCCAUUGAAAAUUCCAAAAGUAUUCAAGAAUGUACAGAAACACAACCAAAUAUAACUGAAAGAUGGAGGUGCCUGCUGCCUGAAGUGUACUACAAGUUUGUAUUCACACCUAUCUACUUUGUAAACUCAGUCUAUGACACUUGGCAACGAACUUAUCUUCUAAAAAUCUCCUGUUUUGCCUCUGCCUGUCCCAGUGUCCACAGAGACGUAGUCUACAAUGCUAGAGACUCCAUCUUGACUUUUGCUCAUAACAUCACCAGGUAUAAGAAAAAUGGAGUCUAUUUAACAUGGUGCCCAGUUCACACCAUCUUAAACCAGCUUAGGUUCUCAUCUGCAGAGCUCGGGGAUUCAACAGUACAACAGUCACUGUCUUCCUGGCUGCAGCAUGACCUCUCUCAGAUCACAGGAGAUAAGAACUUUCUAAGUCUUGAAGCUGCACUAGAAGUUUGUAAAUCAAGUAUUAAACUCUAAUUUUAAUUUAUUAUUGACAAGGUUAUAAUUUUUUCCUUCUGUGAGACGGGUGGUGGUGGCUUUUGGUGAGAAGGAACAAAAUUAGAAAUAAUUUUUAUUGAAAUUGUGAAGCCAUAUUGUGAGAUUGGGAACAAAAAAAAAUUUUAAAAUAUUAUUUUGAAAUGGGUUUUAUGAUACAUUAUGCUCCACUAUUUUGUAAGUUUCAACUUUGUGAACAGUGUUUGCUACAAAAGAUUACUUUUUAAAUUGCUUCUAGAUAUGACAAAUUUUAAUUCCAACCACUUAUUGCUCUCAGCCCAAUUCAACAAUUUGCUUUUUUUCAUGCUUAGUUAGUUACUUUAAAUACUGUUUCUAAAUCUAGCAAAUUUUUUAUUUUGCCUUUUUUUUUUCAGUAUCAGCCUUUUUCAACAAUGUGCAGAUUUUUUCAUAGAAUCCAUUAAUAGAAAAUUUCUUUUUUUUUUUAUCUUCACUUUUCAUUAAACUAUUUCAUUUGUUAAUCACUUAAUUUUGAUCAAUUGUUUUUCGUAAAAAUGUAUUAUUUACCAGGUGGUAGUUUUUUGUUUUUGUUUUACAACCUCUCAGGUUGGCUACUACAAUUUUCACUGCUGAGUAACCAUACUUGCUACCUAUGUAUUGACAGCUUGACUUUUUAUUGAGUCAAAUGAAAAUGAAUUCUAAGCAUAUUUAGAGUUUUGUGUUAUUAACUGUUUCUAAAUUUAAUUUCUUGUAUUAGUCUUUAAGAAAAAAAAAAUUUGGAAUCUCUCUAAGAAAAAGAGCUUUUUUUUCAUCCUGUUGUACCAAACAUUUUUUCUUUCACAAAAUAAUUCUGAGUUGUAGAUUUUAUGUCUUUGAAGGGUGAUAACCGACCUAAACAUAUUGAAAUCUGUAAAAAAAAAAAACACAAAAAAAACAAACUUUGGGUCAUUGUAGGUAGAUUGCAAGAUAAACUAUAGUUAUUAUAAUCACUCUGUAAAAAAACAAGAAGUUGACUCCCCUGCCUAUAAAGUGUUGUGUUUAUUCCUUGGUUUUAUAUUAACAUAGCAGCCAGUUUUCUCAUGGAGAUACUAAAAUAGGAGAUACAUUUUAUAUGUUUUAAAAUUUCUAAUUUCUGAUGAAUUAAUAUCUGUAAGUAUUUGUUUGCCUUUAUUAAUUAACAUGGUAAUAAAAAAAAAUAAUUCAUUAACAAAUAAACUUGAUCUAAAAAAAAACAACAACCUCAAUGCUAAUAAUUUGCAUUUUUACAUAAUAUCAAGUUUUACUUUCUUUUUUUUAAUACAUUUUUUAUGUAUCUUUGAUAAUAACAAUAUUACCUUUAUCUAUGCAGGAUAAUUCAGCCACCAUGCUUCCACCAGCUCAAUUUUUCCUAUUUCUUUUUAAACAUUUUGCAAACUAGAAGAAUUUCAUAACCAUGAAUUCUUUUUUUUUUUCAUGUCUUAAUUAUACAAGUUAAAGUACAAAAAAUGGCAUUUACUAGAAACCAUUACAAUGAAUUUCUAGAUUCUUGUGUAGUUUGUGUGCACUGGUUGAGGAGAGGGAAAUGUAAAUAUAAGUCUUCCAUUCAUACUUGUAUUUCUGACAAGUGUUUCAUGCCAAACUCAUUGACCUUUUUGAUGGUAGGCUCAAGGGACACAAAUCUGGCAGAGGAAAGUGUGUAGAGCUGUACAACUUUUUAUCUUUAUCCACACAUAAUAUAAUCACUACCUUUUGGUUCUCCACAUUUGCAUAUAAUGUUUUAUGCAAAAUCUAGUUCGAAAUGAAUGAUUAGUGUGUUACUGUUUCUCUACCAGUCAAUUAUACAAAUAAUUCAAUUUCUCCUGUUACAUUUUCAAACCUUUUAAAACAACCUAUUUUUUCCAUUUGUCAGAAUUGAAAAUUGUUUUCUGUUCAUUUUUAUAAGUGCUUUCACCAUUUUAGCUCAAUGUGGCUAAGGAGACCAGAAUGGAUUGGAAGUAAAGGCAAAAAAAAAUUAUUUAUAAUGACUCUUUCUGUCAUGAAUAAAGAAACUAUGUCUUCCUAUGUCAAGCCUAAAAGAGCUCUAUAAAUUUUGAAUUGAAAUAAUAUUGAUCCUUAGUUCUUAUUUUCUCUCAAAUGGUCUUCAAUCUACUUCCAAAUUGUAAUUUUUUCGUUGAUUAAAAAUCUUUUUUUUUUGUUUAACAUGAGUAUAGUAAAAAUUGUGUAUUCUUUUCUGUGCAUUAUGUUGUUGUUGUUUGUUUUAUGUUUCUGUCAAAUUUUUUUUUUUUAGAAAACAUACUCUACUCUAAGACUCAGAUUUUCACACCAGGUUUCAUGUUUUGUUUUUUCAUCAGAAGACCAUGACAAGGUAUAUACAGUGAAUGAGAACAAAGUGUUUGUUACAUUCCAUGUUUUCUGUUCUCAGAUCUGGUCAUUUUAAAACCUAUACAUUUGUUAACUUUUUUAUUUUAUUUAUAAACAUUCAUAUGGUUUCUUUUUUGGUAUUUAUUGAUAUUAUGUUCAAUUAAGUUUUUUAAUCGGUUCCUCAUAGUCAUGUUUUGUUAUAUAUUAAGUAGUAAUAUUUGCUAUAUAUUGUGAAUCUGGGUGUGAUGUUUACAAUAUCCUGCACAUACUGCAUUAAAGCUUAUUUAUCUUCUUGAUGUAGCAAAAUAUUUGAGGUGUGCAAGUUAGGAUACAGAAUUUAAUCUAGGUUAUCAUUAAAGUCCAAGGUAUUGUGGAAGUAGUGGAAAUUUUACAAGAGAUAAGCUUAAUAUUAUUAGAAGAAUCAUGAUCAUGCCGCUCAUAACCUUUUUCCUGACGGUCAACUUACCAAUCACUCUAUCUUUUCCACAUCAGUCUCGAUUUUUGUCACAAUGAAUAUAAUGGCUUCAGUUUUAACUGAGUUCACCUAUUCUCUGGAUCAAAUUCAUAUCACACAUAAAAGUUUAGUCAAACCCUGCUGAAACAUUUAUAUGGUAAAUUGGGCAAUUAUCAGUGCAAAUAUGUAUUUUGUUUAUUGCUGUUAAUGGGUUUAUUUUCAACUGCAAAUAUACACACAAAGAUUUGUCCAUAAUUUUUAUAAUUCAAAUUUCUUGGAUAAAGAGAUCAAAGGACUAGUGAAUUAAGUGACCAGGGGUAUAAGUGACCGGACACUAUAUAUUCCAAGCAAUGCUGACUUCACCCAUUCUCUGGAUUCAAUUUUUUAUUAUGAUAUAUUGGUUUACUGGUCAAAAAAAUAAACUAUAUGCUUGCUUAAAAAUGAACUAAGGCUAUACUAUCUGGUAUUAUGCCAAAAGAAAAGCACUUUCUAUAUAUGACCAUUAUAAAAUAAUGUAAUCGAAUGGUUAAAAAAAUGAAAGUCUUAACUAUGUAGCCAAGUGUAAAAGUGAUUUGUUUGUUUCGAUGAUGUGACCAAGUCUCCAGAAGAACAUUUUCUACAAGAUUUAUAUUUGCUUUCCUAUAUUUCAAUUGUAUAAUUAAAGUCAGUAUUAAUGUUAUCAAUAUUUUUAUUUUUUUUUUAGAUGUAGAAGGUUGGUAAUCUACAUGUUUGUAGAACUCUUUAGGGUAAUAAUGUUAAUAAUAAUAAUUUAACUUAUACAGCGCUGUUAACAUGCAGACUGAUGAACAUAUAUUUGUGAGUUUUUGCAGCUUCCCAUUACUUUUUAAAUUUUAAUUGCAAAAUGAA